UUCAGGACUCCGAGGCCGUGCAGAGUUCCGGUAAACAGAAUAGGUGGCAACGCACCUGCUUGAGGUUUCUGUACGCCAUGGAAUCAGUAAAGAAGACAGAGAAUGCAGACACUUGCAGUGACGGCGCAGAGGUUUUGCUUGAGGGAUCAAAGAGCGCCAAGAUCGGACAAACAAAGGGAGAAGAUGGAAGCUCACAGAGUAGAUCAAGGGAGUGGACUGGCCGUCAUCCGGACAGUGGCACUGCUGCUGGUCGUUCUCGAGAUCUCAGGGAGGUGUCUGCGGUGCUCAGGAGGCUGCAUGAACCGAAAGAAAUGCGGUGUCUUAAUCUGUUUGUCUGUCCAUCUGCCUGUCUGUCUGUCCAUCUGCCUGUCCAUCUGUCCAUCUGCCUGUCUGUCUGUCCAUCUGCCUGUCUGUCUGUCCAUCUGCCUGUCUGUCUGUCCAUCUGCCUGUCUGUCUGUCCAUCUGCCUGUCUGUCUGUCCAUCUGUCUGUCUGUCUGUCCAUCUGUCCAUCUGUCCAUCUGUCCAUCUGCCUGUCCAUCUGCCUGUCUGUCUGUCCAUCUGCCUGUCUGUCUGUCCAUCUGUCCAUCUGUCUAUCUAUCUGUCUGUCCGUCUGUAGUCCACAUGCUAACCACACUAACAUCUACCGUUUCUUCUGCUAUAGAAAUGUCAGUUUUCUUCCCAAUAUCAGCACCAACCUAACGCCAUAUGUCUCAACGAACGUUGCAAGAGUACUGAUAUUGCAACCCGCGAAGAUAGACUUCAAGGGAGAAUACAAGCAGAGAGCGACGGCUCUGAAGUUAGUGGAUCCCGAGAAAAGUCUAGAAAUGAGCAGGAAAACGCCAUCACCAAAGCUGCUAUGGACUUCGUCUCCACCCACCGCAGUCAGGUUCUUCGAAUCAAAACAACGUAAACCGACUACCGUCCCGCACGAAUUUUUCCAAGGAAAAAAGAAGGAAACCGUCCGUUUCCCAGCAAUCCCAACUCUCUGCGUAUUCCGACCGGCAAAGCAAGAACUCAACGCACAACGUCUAGACCACGCAAACGUGAUGGACCUCCGAGUCGCACUACGAGACAUCCAGUCCGUCCAAUCGAGCAAACGAGCACGCCAUGACUACAACCGAGCGAAGAAAGACGUCAAUCGCUUUCAACUGGAUGGACUAAAGCCAAGCGUUCGGCCCGUAUUUCGAGCAGCUCUUCUCUCGUAUUUCAACACGUCGACGGGCGCGAGAAAAGCCGCCACACAAGCAGUCAAAGCAAUGUGAUGCCUCAAUGUAGCCUUGGACUCCCAGACCCGUAUAGCGCCGAUUAAAAAUCGUCCGCUCUACAUGCGUCUGGGAGUCCAAGGCUACCUCAAUUGCACAGUUGACUACUACACAUGUGUGUCGUAUACAGUUUCUUACUUAGUCUGAAUCGGCAUCGUCCGAUUCAUUGUGUACGAAGAGACUAGCCGACGGAAUAAGUCCAAAGUCUUCUAGUGUUGACAUGUUAGUGUCUGGAUUGAUGUGUAGCUCUUUACGUGGGUAGCUAUUGACGAGUACGAAGUUGCGGAGCGUCUCGUCGCUACAGAACGCGUAGUCGUACAGCACCUGCAGAUUAGGUGUAUAGUUUGAUGGAUGAAUGAAUGUUAAACUCUGUGAUUUGUUGGUUUA